AUGCUGUCUUCAUGCUUUCGCACCGGCAGCGCUCGCUGUCCUCCUUUUCGUACAAGGCUGGACGUCAAUGCCGUUUAUUGUCUGCCUCGCCGUAACUUUACUCCCCCACGAGCCGCCGUACAAUCAAAGCCUCGUCUGCAGACAUUUACCCGCCGCACACUGUACACUGUCGUUAGUUUGGGCGGCCUAUGGUUUCUCGAUAGAGAGUACAACGCAUCUUCCGUUGCGAGAAAUUUGCGCACAUUCUGGACAUGCAUGGUGAUCGCUCUCGAUUACAAAUGGAACUUUACCCCGGAAAUGAGCGAGUCGAUACCAGCCCUUCAUGAACGCGUAGCAGAAAUGGUCUACGAUCUGUUCACAGCCAAUGGCGGACUCUACAUUAAGAUAGGUCAGGCGUUUGCCAAUAAUGCAGCGCUGAUGCCGCGACCGAUGCAAGAAAAGUUCUCGAAGCUGUUCGACGACGCCCCACAAGUCCCUUACAGCGUGGUGAAGAAGGUCUUCGAGUCCGAGUUCGGGAAACCCCCGGAUGGUCCGGACGGCGUGUUCGAAUACUUCGACGAACGCGCCGCUGCAAGCGCGAGUAUUGCCCAAGUGCAUCGUGCGAAACUCAAGGCCACGGACGGCACCGAGCAAUGGGUAGCGGUCAAAAUACAGAAACCCGACGUCAGUAAACAGGUCGGAUGGGAUCUGGGGGCUUUCCGACUGGUUAUGUGGGUGUAUGAGAAUUACCUCUUUGACCUUCCGGUUUACUUCGUCGUCGACUUCAUCUCUGACCACCUGCGGAGAGAGCUCGACUUUGAGCUCGAGGCGCAGAACGCGAUGAAGAUGGCUGACUUCGUCGCGGCGGAGCCACGUCUUGCCAAGCGAGUGUAUAUUCCGAAGGUAUUCACCGAGCUCUCGAGUAAGAGGGUGAUGGUUGCGGAGUGGAUAGACGGCGUGCGGCUCAGCGACCGUGCCGGGAUCAUGCAGCUAAUGGGCGAGGAGGACUCCCGCUCACUGACUUCUGCUUCUUCUCAGCUGUAUCAGGGUACACCCCUAAAGGGAGGCGUCAAGGCUAUCAUGCAAACGAUGGUUGACCUAUUCAGCGCGCAAAUAUUCGAGUGGGGAUGGGUGCACUGCGACCCACAUCCCGGGAACAUCAUCAUUCGCCCCCACCCGGCCAACCCGACCAUCCCGCAGUUCGUCCUCCUCGACCACGGAUUGUAUGUUCGGGUGUCGGAUACCUUCCGGAAGCAGUACGCGACGCUUUGGGAAGGUCUGCUUACCGUCAAUUUCGAUGUCGUCAAGGAUGUCGCGGAGCAGUGGGGUAUUGGGACGCCAGACCUGUUUGCCAGCGCGACAUUGAUGCGGCCUGUCAAGUUCGCGAACCAGGACAACGGCGAGAACUUUGAGCAGAUGGACCAAUAUGAGCGGAGCAUGCGCAUGAAGGAGAAGCUCAAGGGUUUCUUGACGGACACCGAUAAGAUGCCGAAAGCGCUCAUCUUCAUCGGGCGGAAUAUGCGCAUCGUGCAAGGGAAUAAUCAGUUACUGGGCUCUCCCGUGAACCGCAUCCGCAUAACAGGCUCUUGGGCGUCGCGUUCCCUGACCGAGCUACCAAAUCUCUCAUGGCGACAGCGCGUGCGCGAGUACCUGCGGUACCUGACGUUCCUGGCGGUUACGUGGUCCAUCGACCUCGCGUUCUGGAUCAGUAAGGUGCGGCAGUGGACGCGGGUGCGGCUGGGGCUGAAGGGCGAAGGUUUCGAGGACGAGCUCGAGCGGACGAUGCGCGGGUUCGCGAAAACGAACUUUGGGGUGGAGAUUGCGGCAGACGCAUUUGAGGGCUGA